AUGCAAAAUAAUGCAGCAAUUAGUUUCGGUUUCGGACUGCCGUCCCACAUUCUGCUGCAGUUGCCGGAGAGGCCGGGCGAAAAUGGCGACCUUCCUACGAAGAGCGGUGGGGAUCGCAGGAAAUAUCGCUGUACACCGCAACCUAAAGGUCAAACAGGAUGCCCUGGGAGGAUGGGUUCAGCGCAGGAACCUGAACCUUCACGAGAACGUCAGCAUGCAGCUUCUCCAAGAAAACGGCGUCACCGUGCCAAAAUUCGGCGUCGCCUCCACCCCCGAGGAGGCGGAGGAGAUCGCCCAGCGGCUAGGCACACCAGACGUCGUGAUCAAGGCUCUGGUCCUAGCCGGGGGUCGUGGCAAGGGGACCUUUGACAGUGGGCUCAAGGGUGGCGUCAAAAUGGCCUUUUCGCCUGCUGAAGCAAAGAAGUUUGCCUCCCAGAUGAUUGGCCACACUCUUCGCACCAAACAGACAGGUGAAAAGGGUAUCAAGGUGAACAAGGUCUUGGUCACCGAGCGCCUGUACAACCGGCGCGAGUACUACUUUGCGCUGAUGAUGGAACGAGAAUACAAUGGCCCAGUGAUCGUGGCCUCGUCCCAGGGUGGAGUCAACAUUGAGGAAGUGGCCAAGGAAAACCCUGAGGCCAUCCUCAAGCUGCCCAUCGACAUCACCAAGGGUGUUGAUAAGGAUCGCACUGCCGAACUCGUCCGGGGCCUUGGCUUCCACCCAGCAGCAGUCGAUGGGGCAAGUAUCCUAAUAGAGAACGUGUACAAAGUGUUCCUCAAGUAUGACGCCACACUGGUUGAAAUCAACCCACUCAUCGAGGACAACAACAACAAAGUGUACUGCUUAGAUGCCAAGUGCCGCUUUGACGACAAUGCGGCCUUCAGGCAAAAGGAGCUGUUUGACCUGCGUGACUGGACCCAGCAGGACAUCCGUGAGAAGGAGGCCCACGAGAGCAACCUCAACUACAUUGCCCUCGACGGGGACAUCGGCUGCCUCGUUAAUGGCGGGCUGGCCAUGGCAACUAUGGACAUCAUCAAGCUUCACGGUGGCAGCCCGGCCAACUUCCUGGAUGUCGGAGGGGGUGCCACAGCCAAGCAGGUCACCGAGGCCUUCCGGCUCAUCACUUCCUGAUCCGAAGACUGUGUGUUUCAGGUGCAAGCCAUCCUGGUGAACAUCUUUGGUGGCAUAAUGCGGUGCGACAUCAUUGCAGAGGGUGUCAUCCAGGCAGCCGAGACGCUUGACCUGAAGAUCCCCAUUGUGGUCAGGCUCCAAGGUACUCAGGUGGACGAGGCCAAAGCCCUGAUUGCCACCAGCAAGCUCAAGAUCCUGGCCUGUGACAACUUGGACGAGGCAGCAAAGAUGGUGGUUCGCCUUUCGACCAUCGUGGGCCUGGCACGGUCUGCGUCAGUGGAUGUCAAGUUUGAGCUGCCCCUGUAGCCUCAGAGGAUGCCUUCCCCUCUCGAAAGUGUGCGCAGUGUCCCUUCCCAACUCACAGCUGUAGCCUAGCAGCACUUGAAUGCACAACUUCAUUUGAUGGUUUUUAACCCGCUGCGGAAUAGAAUUGGGCCAUAAUGCAACAGGAGUGGACGCUAGCGCACCGAACCGUGAUAAACAUAGUUCACUGCUGCUUUAGACAACAGUCUCUUCUUUGAAUAAAGUGUACAUACUGUCC